AUGCUCCGCUCAUUCACUCUUCUUCUUCUCUCUCUUCUUCCCCUACUCCCCCUCACACUCUCCUUACCUACCGGUGAGCAUUUCGGUGGUACUGGAUCCACAAACCAUUCACAACUCAAUAUCCAACAACGGGAUGUCAACGUCGGUUGGCAGUAUGGUGAUUGGAAGAUCCGUGGUGUCAAUAUUGGUGGAUGGCUGGUUCUCGAACCCUUCAUCACGCCUUCACUCUUCCAAAACACAGGAAACGACGAUAUAGUUGAUGAAUACACGUUCUGCAAAUUGCAAAAUCGAGGCAAAGCACAAGCCGCACUACGCCAACAUUGGGACACUUGGAUAACCGAAUCUGAUUUUGCGGCUAUCGCUGCCGCCGGUUUGAAUCACGUUAGAAUCCCGAUCGGCUUUUGGGCAUACGACGUCUCCGGUGGAGAACCCUAUAUUCAAGGAGCAGCAGCUUAUCUCGACCGAGCUAUAGGAUGGGCCCGUAAUCACGGUCUGAAAGUCAUGAUAGAUCUUCACGGUGCUCCAGGUUCUCAAAACGGUUAUGAUAAUUCCGGUCGAAGAGGAAAUGCGUUAUGGGCUACCAAUUCCAACAAUGUCCUACGUACGAAGAAUAUCAUUCAAUCAUUGUCGCAGAAAUAUUCCGAUUCAUCAUAUUAUCAAGUCGUCACAGCUCUUGGUUUACUCAAUGAACCUGCUACAUAUCUCAACCAACAAUUAUUAUCGACCACAAGACAAUAUUGGUAUGAUGCUUACGGUGCUGCAAGAUAUCCAUGGGCAUCACAAGGAUCUGGUAGUAAAUCAGGUUUAGUAUUGGUUAUUCAUGAUGGGUUUCAACCUCUCAAUACUUAUAACAAUUACAUGUCACAACCAACAUACGAAGAUGUAAUGAUAGAUCAUCAUAGUUAUCAGAUAUUUGAUCAACCUACCAACGAAUGGACUUGGGAUCAACAUAUUCAGGGUAUAUGCCAACAAUCUUCUACUUUCGAUGGUUCUCCAUUAUGGUUAGUCAACGGAGAAUGGACAGUAGCAUCUACCGAUUGUGCUUUAUGGUUAAACGGUCGCGGUACUGGUGCGAGAUACGACGGUACUCUUCCUGGUUCAUCUUACGUUGGUGAUUGCUCUACCAAAACAGGUGACGGGUCUUCCUUUUCCGCCGAAUACAAAGAUUUCAUGCAGAGAUUCUGGGAUGUUCAAACUCAAACUUAUGAAAAUCAUGGUCAAGGCUGGAUCUACUGGACAUGGAAAACGGAAAACGCAGCUGAAUGGUCUUAUUCAGCCGGUAUGGCAGGUGGUUGGAUUCCACGAGACGCAUGGUAUCAUAAAUAUUCCAUUCAGCAAUUAUGCGGGUGA